AUGUCAUCAUUAGCAGCUCCUUAUCGGAUCGGUGUCGAUGUCGGCGGCACCAACACGGACAGCGUCAUAUUGGAUGUUCGUGGCAUGAAUGAAGCAAAUCGCGGGGUGAUUGCUCAACAUAAAACCCCAACUACAAGUCCCAAUGUUACCGAUGGGAUAGAAACAGCCGUUCUCAAUGUCCUUGAGCAGUCCAAGGUACCGAGAGAUCAAAUUGCCUGCCUAACCAUCGGGACAACGCAUUUUAUCAACGCCAUAGUAGAACACGAUGCUCGACGCCUAUCAAAAGUGGCCAUCAUCCGGCUUUCCAAGAGUUUCACGAGAGAGGUACCCCCCUUCUCAGACUUCCCACCAGUUCUCAAGUCAAUUAUGAACGGCUAUUACACCUACGUUGACGGUGGGCUCACCAUUGAUGGAGCAGCAGAAUCGCCUAUAAAUGAAGCUCAGGUGGUCAAAGAAUGUGCCAAAAUUAAAGAGUUAGGGUUAGACGCAGUCGUCAUCUCUGGUGUAUUCUCUCCAAUUGACAAGCACUUUUUCCAAGAAGACAAAGUUCGAAAGAUCAUUCAAAGGGAGCUACCUGGGGUUGAUAUUGUUUGUUCUUCAGAAGUCUCCCAAAUUGGAUUCCUUGAGCGUGAGAAUGCAUCCAUUUUAAAUGCCUCCAUCCUCAAAUUUGCACGGCGUACCAUCCGAGGCUUUAAGACAGCAAUGAAACGCUUAAGCCUGAACUGUCCUCUAUACCUUACUCAGAAUGAUGGAACUUUGAUUGAUGCUCCUUCUGCUGCAAGACUCCCUAUCCGUACUUUUUCCUCUGGACCAACCAAUUCUAUGAGAGGAGCUGCAUAUUUAGGACUUAGCGAGCCAGAUGAUACCGGAAAUGACCGUACGGCAACGAUUGUCGUUGAUAUUGGUGGUACUACUACGGACGUUGGAGUAUUGCUCCCGUCUGGAUUCCCGCGUCAGGCCUCUGCGUACGUCGAAGUAGCUGGCGUGAAGAUCAAUUUUGGCAUGCCCCAUGUCGAAUCCAUUGGUCUCGGGGGUGGCUCCAUAGUCCGUCACAAAGAAGUUAACACUACCAUCGGACCUGAUUCCGUCGGCCAUUAUCUCAGCACCAAAGGCACUGUAUUCGGAGGAGACACUCUCACAGCAACAGAUAUUGCUGUGGCUGCUGGAGCCAAGAUUGGCAACCCCGACUUGGUCAAGGAUUUGGACAAGGAGCUGGUUUCCGCUGCGCAGGCAAGAGUGAAAUCUAUGCUGGAAACUGUUAUUGACCAAAUGAAAACUUCACCGGCCCCUUUACCCGUGCUGCUAGUCGGAGGCGGCUCGGUUUUAGCUCCAGCAGAACUUGAUGGCGUUUCAAAGGUCAUUUUCCCCCCUUUUCAUUCCGUUGCAAACGCAGUCGGCGCUGCCAUGUCUAAGGUUGGCGGCACAGUUGACUCUAUAGAGAGUACAGCUGAAAAGACGGUAGCUGAAGUUGUUGAUGAAGCCAAAGCCAGGGCGAUUGAAAAAGCGGUUGCCUCUGGUGCUAUCAGAGAGACAGUAUACCUGGCCGAGGUUGAUUCGAUGCCUCUUCAAUACGUCGCAAACCAAGUGCGCGUUAUUGCGCGUGCUGUUGGUGAGCUGUCGCCUGAAGGGACCCCAAGUCUUGACAACAUACAAAAUGGUGGGGAUGAUGACGAAGGGGAUGACACAAUAUAUAGCGAGGUUCCUAAGCAGAAUCUUGAUGCCGAAGAGUUCAGUGCCAACACAGUAGAUGUUGCAACCUACCGUCCGAAAGUUGUGAAAAACCCUCAAACAGGGAUUGACGAAUGGAUUGUUUCCGAAACAGAUGUUGCCUGGCUUGCUGAUGGGUGCUACGUCCUGGGAUGUGCUGGUGGAGGCUCGCCUUUCAGUGAACACAUCCGAAUUCGCGAUCAGAUACGGCAAGGACACACUAUACGUAUCAUCGACCCGUAUUCUGUAAAAAAGGACGCUGUGAUAUAUUGGGGCGGUCACAUGGGUUCUCCAGCUGUCUCUGUAGAACGACAAGCAAACAACGAGACUGAACAAUCCAUCCAUGCCCUUAUGGAGUAUCUCAAACAUGACAGCUUUGAUGCUGUAAUGGGAGUAGAAAUCGGUGGCGGCAAUGGCAUCCUGCCACUUUCUAUCGGCUCGUCAAAACAUUAUGAUCGCCCUGUAGUUGAUGCAGAUUGGAUGGGUAUGUAUCAAUCUUCCUUUCCAUUUAAUAUUCCUGAUAUUCAUUUGUUUUGUGUAGGUCGGGCCUACCCAACAUUCUGGCAAACAACUAUAUGCGUAUAUCAGCCUGGCGAAUUGGUGCCUUGCUGCAUCCUUUCCGGAAGUGGGAGCACAAUUAUUAUGAACAAGUGCGCAAGUGAUGAACUUGUCGAUCGAGCACUACGCGCCUCGUGUGCAGAAAUGGGGUCGAGUGUAGGUUUGGCCGCCCGUCCUACUACAGGUGACAAGAUGUUAAGGUUCGGUGUACUCAAUACCAUGUCCCUUGCGUGGCGUAUUGGGCGUUGCAUCGCGCGUGCAAAUGCUUCCAACACCAUUAGCACCGUGGCUGAACAGAUGAUUGACGAGGUUGGCGGUCCUGAAUCCGGUAAGAUUCUAUUCCGAGGAAAAAUAGUUGCCGUUGAAAGACGACUAUUCAAGGGCCAUUCAUAUGGCGAAAUCACAAUUCAGCAAGUCCUUAAGAAAGAAGUUGAGUCAAGUGUAGCAGACGAGCUCCCAGGAGAGGCUAGGCGAUCAUCGAUACCAGUGGCCACCGGAGGUGUCCUAAAGAUCCCUUUCAAGAACGAAAAUAUAUAUGCCAAACACAUUUCCAACGAAGGCGUCGAGAAAUAUGUGGCAACAGUGCCUGAUCUGAUCUGCGUCCUUGACACGCAGUCUGGAAAGGCACUUGGGGUCCCCGAAUUCAGAUAUGGCGUUAUGGUGACUGUGCUGGGAAUUGCAUGUUCCCCACGAUGGUCAGAUACCGAAAGAGCACUGGAGAUUGGCGGGCCAGGGGCGUUUGGAUAUAAGGAUAUCAAAUACGUUCCAUUGGGUAAAUAUGUAGAGCCACAAAGUGUUGUGACGGAAUACGCUAAGCGAUGA